CCCCAUCACCGUCUCCCGCCUUUCUUGACAAAGUCCAGUGCACACCCCUACGAUGUUCUGGUUGGGCCUGUUGAUCUUGUUCAUAAUUAUAUUUAAAGAUGGGAGAGCAGAACCCAUUCCAACACAAUUAUUUGGCCUUCGAAUGAUGGAGAAACGGCAUAAGCUGAAGAACAGGAUGUUGAAGAUACUGCCAAAAGCGGCAGCCGCAGUCAGAGUCACGUUUCAAAAUCCGCCCUUCAGUCCGGGCAGGGAUCACACCAAAAGACCUGAGAAUGCAUCCAGGUGGUUCAAGCAGCGCGGCGGUCCCACGGUAUCAAUGAUUCCGGAUGAAGCCAGAACUAAACCAAAGGACCAUGGAGGAAGCAAUAUUGAUUCCCGAGAACCUACUUCUCCUAAAGUGUCGUGCAUGGGACAGAUCAAGCACAAGAAGAAACAGAUCAAGAAAGCCAAGGCCAAGAGCAUGUCGCUGCCCAAGGACGUCAGAGAGGUCGAGCAGCAUUCUUCCGCUUUCCCAAGGAUAUUCCACGGCGCCAGGCAUCCUGCUCCUGCUGCAGCAACCGCCCCGGCUCAUGCGCCACCGGCUCUGGGUGGGAUGAAGCGUUUUGCCAGCGGGCGGAAUGCUUUGACUGAGUUUGAUUGGAAGGCUCAUGCGCCGGCAGUAGACAUGGAACACAACGGUUAUUUUUCAGAUCAAGACAGAGAGAAGAGUGACGCAGAAGAAGAAGAGGUCAUAAUUCCCUUCUCUGCACCUAUUAUGGUAGGUGUUGGUUGUCACGGUGGAGGAGUGCCUUUACAGCCAAGGAAGGAAAUUAAUCUGUGGAAGAGAAGGACGAUGACACCGCCCAGGCCUCUCCAAUUGAAACCGGGGCUCAGAGCAAGUUGAUUUUUUCUUUUAAUCACGCUUUUUUUUUUGCCAUCGAAUUUUAAUUGCGCUUUCUGGGGCUUCAUGUGGUUGUAGAUAUGUUCAAUAUGAUGUAAAUUUCACCCCAGGCGAUGGCCGUGCAUUUUUCUAGGUAUAAUUAGGGAUUUCGACGGGACAAAAAUUGAGCCUUCUUCGGCUAAAUAAAAAAUCGCC